AUGGAUACUGGAGGCAAUUCUCUUCCAUCUGGAUCCGAUGGCGUGAAGAGAAAAGAGGUUGGCAAUUAUUACUAUGGGCAGGGUCACCCUAUGAAGCCUCACAGGAUUCGAAUGACACAUGCUCUUCUUGCACAUUACGGAUUACUUCAACACAUGCAGAUCCUCAAGCCUUUUCCCGCAAGGGAUAGAGAUCUUUGCCGGUUUCAUGCCGAUGAUUAUGUGGCAUUUCUGAGAAGUAUCACCCCUGAAACUCAGCAAGAUCAGCUGAGGCAACUCAAGCGAUUCAAUGUUGGUGAAGACUGCCCCGUGUUUGAUGGUCUCUACUCUUUGUGUCAAACUUAUGCUGGUGGCAG